UCUUUCCAGUAUGGCAUUGUCCUAGAUGCAGGCUCCUCCCACAGCGCUCUCUUCAUCUACAAGUGGCCGGCUGAUAAAGAGAAUGACACCGGUAUUGUCAGUCAGCACAGCAUGUGUGAUGUGAGUGGCCCCGGGAUAUCCAGCUACUGGAUGACUCCUCCAGAUGCAGGAAAGAGCUUGGAAAAAUGUCUGAACCAGGCAGUGAAAGAUGUCCCAACUAGUAGACAUGCCAUCACCCCCCUGUACCUGGGGGCCACAGCUGGCAUGAGACUCUUGAACUGGACUGAUUCCAAGGCCUCUGAUGCUGUUCUGGAGGCUGUCAGCACCACAUUGAAGUCCUACCCUUUUGAUUUUCGAGGGGCAAAGAUCUUGUCCGGCCAGGAUGAAGGUGUCUUUGGCUGGGUGACCGCCAACUAUCUGCUGGAAAACUUCAUCAAGUAUAGCUGGAUUGGGAAAUGGUUCCAACCUAGGAAGGGUACUCUGGGAGCUAUGGAUCUUGGUGGGGCUUCAACACAAAUUACAUUUGAGACUGCAGACAAGAUUGACAACCCAGAGACUGAGGUGAAUCUGCGGCUCUAUGGACAAUCCUAUCGUGUGUAUACACACAGCUUUCUGUGUUAUGGGAGAGACCAGGUGCUGAAGAGAGUCCUGUCCAAAGUAUUAAAGUUAAAUAUCCAACAUCCAUGCUGGCCCAAAGGUUUUACCAAACCAGUAAAAUUCGGAGAUGUUUUUGAGUCCCCGUGCACAUCCAGCGAGAAGCCGGCAAACUAUGACCCCUCAGUGGAGAUGACUAUUUCCGGCAGUGGAGAUGCUGACCAGUGCAGGCAGCAAGUGAACAAACUCUUCCAAUUCAGCGACUGUCCAUACUCCUCCUGCUCCUUUGAUAAAAUCUUCCAGCCGAGAGUGACAGGAAAAUUUAUAGCAUUUGCAGCAUUUUAUUACACCAUCGACUACAUCAAAUCUGUGAUGAAGAUGCCAGUCAGUUCUCUGGAGGACCUGCUUACCGCCACGGAUGCCAUCUGCUCCUCCACUUAUAUCGAUGUGAGUCAUGACAAGCUGGAAUAUGCCAGUAUUAUAUUUUAA